GCGUGUCAUCGCGGGAUUUGCGACGAACCUGACUCUCUCCUUCAUCCAGCUGGCAGCCUCCCGUUGACGGUAAGUGCAAACGAAUUGCGCCAUCGUUUCGACGAGGAGACGUGACAAUUGUGCUCACGUUAAUGGGACAUACCCUAAGCCUUUUCCCUAACAAAUAUUACUCAAUUAGCGCUCAUUAAUCGACCACAUUAAGGCGAGCGGAGUGCUAGUCGUGACUAUGCGACGAUUGCCGCACACGCGCACGCACGCACACACACUCAAGGGGCGAAUAAUAUGGCUUUAAUUUAUUUAACAAAGAUGGACUUUUAAUGCUUGUCAUUUGAACACUGCAUCGUUAUAGUAAUAAUCAUCAUCAUCAUCAAUGUCUGGAUGUCUCGCGAGCCAAUCGAUUCGGUCCACGCGGCUGAAGCGACUACAGCAUACUGCAGCAUGCAGUCUGGUUCUCGGCCAGCAUACUCGAUGCUAAUUCAUGAUUUAUUUGGGAAUUUGUCUCUUUCGAGAUCGCGUGGAGUUCUGUUUCAUAACACACAAUUGCACCUACUUCUUCUGCACUGCCCCGAGGUAGUGAAUAUUAUUUACCUGUACAGCCGACUGUAUCAGUGCUGAUCAUGAUUAACUUUGGUUUGAACUUUCCCCAGCCUCCAGCUUUUGUAUGUGUUUCAUUUCUUCUGAGAGGUGAAGGCAUUACAAAUGUGCCGCGUGGUUCUUUAAGAGUUCCGCUUCAUAGUUCUGUUGCAGCUGAGGAGCGGGCCGCUGGUCAUCAUGGGCAACAUCUUUGGAAACCUGUUGAAGAGCCUGAUUGGGAAAAAGGAGAUGCGGAUUCUCAUGGUGGGGUUGGACGCGGCGGGGAAAACCACCAUCCUGUACAAGCUGAAGCUGGGCGAGAUCGUCACCACCAUUCCCACAAUUGGCUUCAACGUUGAGACGGUGGAGUACAAGAACAUCAGCUUCACUGUUUGGGACGUGGGCGGCCAGGAUAAGAUUCGUCCCCUGUGGAGGCACUACUUCCAAAACACUCAAGGCUUGAUCUUUGUGGUGGACAGCAACGACCGCGAGCGCGUCAACGAAGCUCGAGAGGAACUCAUGAGGAUGCUGGCCGAGGACGAGCUGCGGGACGCCGUCCUUCUCGUCUUCGCCAACAAGCAGGACCUGCCCAAUGCUAUGAAUGCGGCGGAGCUCACCGACAAGUUGGGCCUGCACUCCCUUCGCCACCGCAACUGGUACAUUCAAGCCACCUGCGCCACCAGCGGCGACGGUCUUUACGAGGGCCUGGACUGGCUGGCCAAUCAGCUGAAGAACAAAAAGUGAAGGGCCAGCUCCAUCCAGGUCCGGACGCAUCGAGUUGACACGGUGAGGCGGUGCCGAGAAGUCCCUGACUCGGCGGCCUUCCCCCCCCAAAACAAACAUCUCUGUUGUUCUUUGACUUGAUUAUUUAUUUGAUUGGUUUGUUUGGAUCUACUGUGAGAGUUUUUUAUUAUUAUUAUUAUCAUGUGUGUGAUUUCAAUGCGUUGCUUUCUCCACACUGGAUCCGUACAUCGGGAAUAUGUUUCGGAACUGCCACGUGUAUUUUCCCUCCUUUGGCGUCUGAUUUUGUCCAGGUCUACACUUGUGCUGCAGGUGGAGUAAUAAUAUGUUACCUAAUUGUACUUGAUGUAAAUGAUAUAUUAGUAUUGUGGGACUAGCAAGAUGUUGUCAUCAAAAGCUCAACAUUGUUUGCAACAGAGUCAAAGGCAUAUUUGACUUUAUUGAAAAACAUAUAUUUCCUUUUUUUUUUUUUUUAGAUUACAUCCAUUUAUUUACCCCAAUAAUGCACUUAAUAAUUCUAUUUCAGCAGGAUUUAUUUAUUGUAAAGCAGAUUUGAAGUACUGUAUAUCACUUCUUUGCGAGUGGAAGCAGGGAAAGAAGAAAAUGAAAAGAAUGCGAUUGUUUCCCAUGCUGCAUGUGAAGACAGACAAAUCGGGCUUGCGGGCGGCGCGACUGGCUGUCAACUGCUGUAAAUAAAUACCGACGCUCGCUCC